AUGGGCACGAAAGCAGACUAUCAUUCGUCUUCCUCGGCGAAACGAGGCCAAAACGAGCAAGAUCUCAAAGAGGAGCAAAAACGCAUGAGAAAUCGCUUGUCUCAAAAGGUCAUUCGGGAGCGACGGUCGGCCUACAUUGAACAACUCGAGGCCAAGGUGGCCUUUCUGUCUCAACAUAAACCCAACGGUCCGUCAUCCGAGCUCUGGCAACGAAACGAGGCAUUACAAGACUCUCUACACACCUUGCGGAAGAAAUUACUCAGCGUUUCGACGACCAUCAUUGGACUGGCGGAUGGCGUCUUGCCGGCUUUGAACACCUCGAGUUAG